UUAGGACAGUUAGAAAGUCCACAUUAUUGCUACCCCCAAGUUCCAAAUAUACACAAUGAGGCAUUAUAUUUUUUUUAUCCCUAAGAAUCGAAAAUAGUGUAAGAGAUUUUACAAUAACUCACGCCUUAUUAACUCAUACACCUUAUUUAAUUAAUUGAGCAAAACCCCUUGACGUGAGGCACUGCAUUCAUUAGUAUAAAAUGGUUUCAAUUUGGGAGGGAGGGUCAGUAUCAUCUAGAGCCCCUCAUAUGGCAAUGGCAACAACAACCAUAGAGGAGACAAAAAAUGUUGCUAUCAUCUUUGGGGUCACUGGACUUGUUGGGAGAGAGUUGGCUAGGAGGCUUCUUCUUUUAGAACCUUCUUGGAAGAAGGUUUAUGGCAUAGCUAGAAACCCCGAAACACUACCAACCCUUAUUAUAAGCCCUUGUUACCAUUUCAUCUCUUGCAAUAUGCUGAACCCUUUGGAGACUCAGAAGAAGCUGUCUUGCUUGCAAGAUGUGACUCAUAUGUUUUGGGUCACAUGGGCCAGCCAGUUCCCAUCAGAGACACAAGAAAGUUGUGAGCAGAACAAGGCCAUGAUGUGCAAUGCUUUGAAUACUAUGCUCUCAGUAGCUAAGAAUCUGAAGCAUGUUUCCCUUCAGACAGGAACCAAGCACUAUAUAUCACUGCAUCCCCCCUUUGAUGAAGAGAAGCUCCAAUUUUACUACUACCAUGAAGAGUUUCCCAGAAUGAGCAAAUCCCUUAAUUUCUACUAUGCCUUAGAAGAUUUGCUCAUGGAGAAACUGAGUGGUAAGGUGUCUUGGUCUGUGCAUAGGCCUGGUUUAUUGUUUGGUAGUUCUGUUAGGUCAUUUUAUAACUUCAUGGGGAGCUUGUGUGUUUAUGGUGCUAUUUGUAAACAUUUGAGGCUCCCUUUUGUGUUUGGAGGGACAAGGAAGUGUUGGGAGGAGUCAUAUAUUGAUGGAUCAGAUGCAAGACUUGUAGCUGAUCAACAUAUUUGGGCAGCAAAAAACAGUGACAUGAUUUCCACCAAUGGCCAAGCCUUCAACUCAAUCAAUGGCCCUAGUUUCACUUGGAAGGAGAUUUGGCCUAUUAUUGGGAAGAAAUUGGAAGUGCAAGUUCCUCAAGAAAUGCUUGUGGAGAGCUUUUGGUUUUCAAAAGCCAUGGCUGGGAAGGAGGAUGUUUGGGAAGAGAUUGUGGAGGAAAAUGGGCUGGUUCACACAAGUGUUGAGAAUUUGGCCAAUUGGGAAUUUUUAGAUGCAUUGUUUCGUUUCCCUUUGAAACUCUUGGGGAGCAGAGAUAAAGUUGAUGGACUUGGUUUUGGUGCAAGGUACAAGACAUUGAAUUCAAUAUUGUAUUGGAUUGAUUGCAUGAGAGAUGAGAAGCUAAUUCCCUAGAGGCUUCUUAAUUCUUAUUGCUAGCUUUGACUUCAACUUUGAAGAUGUGUUUGGUACCAGAAAUUUAUGGAGCACCAGAAGAUGGGGUUUUUCCUUAAGAAAAUUAGUGGCAGGGUGGUUUACAUGUGCUGGUUGACUAGCCCUUUAUUGCUGCAUAGUUUACUAGUUUAUAUACAGAUGGAAUCAUCCAAUUUAAUAAUAUAUAUAACUUAUUUUCUACAUUA